AUGCUCCCACAGCUCUCAUCACGCCUCGCGUCGUGCAUCGAUCAUGACCCCAUUGUCACGUUGCAACUGCAGCACGAUGCGCGAUACUACCUCGGGAAGCUCUACUUCGACGCGGUCGCAUAUGGCACAGAGGAGCUCGGUGUCAAAAGAACAGGGACUCGCAUUACGUGCACUAGGCAGCAAACGGAUGCUGUUCGGGACGGACCACCUGUUCUUCCCACUCUUGAGCAGCACGGAGAAGUGGAAGAGCACUUCAUCGACACGCUCUUCCCUCCUGCGCUGCUGGAGAAUGGCACGGUACCUGAGGGCGACUUUUACCGCCCCACGGAGUUCACUGCUAUGGACGACCGCAAGCCGUUGGUGCCCAAGCAUGGGAACUCGCUCAUCAUGCAGCUCAUCCUGAAUGGGAUGAAGAUUCAGGCGUGCCGCCCCUCAUUCCUCGAUGCACGCGACGCGAUUCUCAAUGUGGACAAGAUCAAGUGUUCAAACAAGUGUCCUGUCAAAUGA